AUGGGGUUAUUUUUGUAUAGUUGGGGAAUGAAGGGAGAUUCCAGCAGACAAAGUAGCUUAAACGACAACUCACAAAUAUCAAGUGCAUUUCCAAGGGAGCCAAAGCUAGAAUUCCUAAAGAACAUCACAAAAGACUUCUCAAGUGAACGAGAGGUUGGACAUGGUGCGUUUGGAGUGGUUUAUAAGGGCAUACUUCAGAGUGGACAACUGGUUGCUGUGAAGAAGCUUGUGCGAACAUCCGGAGUUCAUGAUAGACGUUUUCAGAAUGAGGCAGGCAAUCUCCAGACUCUGGAACACAGAAAUAUUGUCAAGUUACUUGGUUCUUGUUACCAAGUAGAAAAGAAAUUGGUGGAGAGAAACGGCAGACAUUUUCUCUCAGACGUUCCAGAAAAAUUCCUCUGCUAUGAAUAUUUGUCUAAUGGAAGCCUUGACAAAUACAUUUACGAAAUCAGCCAUGAAGCUAGCAUACACAAAUUCAUGGAGAAGAAGCUGCAACUGAUAACUGAAUUCCCAAGGGAACCAAAGCUACACUUUGUAGAGGAAAUCACAGGAACUUUGCCAAUGAAGCUGAAAUUGGUAAAGGUUCUUUUGGGGGUAGUUUAUAAGGGAAUGCUUCAAAAUGGAGAAGUUAUUGCGGUAAAAAAGCUUUUGGUAGUUCCACAAAUCAAUCUGGAUAAGCAAUUUAAGAAUGAAGUAUUUAGUCUGAUUGAUCUCAAUCAUAGAAAUAUAGUGAAGCUAAUCGGGUAUUGUUAUGAAAUACAUAAGAAACUGGUGGAAUCCCAUGGAAGAUAUGUUUUUGCAGACACACAAGAAAGGAUACUCUGCUAUGAGUAUUUGCCUAGGGGGAGCCUUGACAAGUAUCUUUACGGUAUUCUACUUUAUCUCAUUCUCUCUUUGAUUUUAGUGGAACUAGCAGAGGUAUUGAACCGUACUUUGAAUGGUGUAAUUGAUGCUCUUUAA